AGGGGAGUGGAAGGGGAAGGGGAAGGGGAGGGAUGGGACAGGGGGAGAACCGGAGAAGAACUGGGUACGUACCCCCAGGAUUUAUACCGGGAGGCGGGCGCGAUCAUCAGCCCCAGCAAUCCCGAACCCCAGAUCGGCACUUUCGCCGCGAUGAAGUUCUCCGGCCCCCGGUGCGGCUCCGGCAAGCCCAAGCGCAAGCGCAAGCCCUCCUCCGUGCGGCGCUCGCUGGAGUACCCCUGCGUGUCGCGGCUCCGUCGCCGCCGCCUCCUCGCCUUCCUCUCGCGCCACGGCUUCAGCUCCACCUUCCAAGCGCUGCUCCAGGAGACGGCCGUGUUCUUCAGCGUGGAGCGCCUGCAGCGCCUGGCGAGGCAGGGCCGUUGGGACGACGCCAUCAAGUACGUCGUCCGCUUCGUGCCCAAGGUCGACGCCAUGCUCGGCGAGGAGGGGAGGCUCCUCUUCAGCUUCGUCAAUCUGCACAAGACCAUCCACUCCAUCUCCAUCCGCACGCCGCACGGCGCCAUUAUGACCGAGUUUUACGAGCGCGACCUCAGCAAGUAUCCCAACGCCCCCUCCGGCGCCGUCAGGCGCACCCGCUUGCUCUCGGCCUUCCACCGCAACGAGAGGCUCAGGGCCGCCAUCGACUGGCAGCUCGUGAGGAACAGGGCUGCGGAGAUCGCCAAGGAUUUGAUCGCCAAGACCCCCGAGUUCAGUGACCUGCUGCGGUUGCCCAGCUGCCGAGAUAAGCCACACAACAUUCUCCCUAUUCGAUCCUGCAGCGGUUCUCUUCGGAGGCGUCACAGGAAGGAAGGAGGACGAAUUGCAGCUUCCGAUCUUACCAAAUUCUACCUCCGGAAGAAGAGGAGCCUGCUGCCAUCUUCAAGUCACUUUGAGCUGGGGACUUCUUCAGGCAUUCCAUGUUUACCAGUAUCAGGGCUAUCAUGCAAGGCAUCAGCCUUGUUGGCAGAUAUUCUCGGUAAACUUCUCUAA